AAAAAAUUACAGCGAGAAAAGAAAACAAAAAACAGUAAAGUCCCACAGAUGGAGAUCACAAACAACAAUCUGCAUCCCAUAAUCACAAAAUAAGCAAACCCAAAAAACAAAAAGAAAAAAAAAAAAUCCUUAGAUUUCCAUCUCAGAAUCUCUGUCCUUAUUCUUCAAUUUCUCCAACAAAAAGAAUACACCCUUUUGUUCCAAAGUUCAAAUCUUUCUUCCAAUUUCAGAUUCAAACCUUCAACAAUCUGAAAUUUGCCCCCACUUGUCAUGUACAUGUACAUUUCUUCCCCUCUCUCUCUCUCUCUCUCUCUCUCUCUCCAAGUUUAUUGAGAGGUUUCAUGUUUGAUUGGUGAGUGCAAGGUAAUUUGAAUGCUCUCAGAGUUUUCCAUUGUUGUUGCUCUUGCUGGUGUUGGUUUUUGGAAUCAGAAUCUGGGGACCCACAUUGCCAAGAUCUGAUUUUUAUCCAAUGCCCUCAAUUUCAAACAUCUCUCUCAAGAAAUUUCAGAAAUUGCCUCUGUCUUCCUCCAAUUUGAGCUCAAAUCUAUGACACAAAUCUAAAUUAGGGUUUUUUUCUUCCGCAAUUUAUAAAUUAUUUUGCUGGCAAAUUAUGGGUUUGUUCUAAAGCUUCCGUCUUUGUUGAUAUUUUGAUAAAUUUUCACAAUGCUCAAGCAAUUCCUCAGUAAACUGCCGCGGAAGGCCUUGAAAUCUGACGAGAGGCCGGAGUCGCCGCGGACGAACACGCCCCGCUCCGGGAGCCGGACUGGGCCGUCUGGCCUCGGCGGGGGCACCCCUCGAUCCAACGGUGCAAAUAGCUCGGGCCCGGGUAAAGCGAAUGCCCCGAAACGCAUGUCAUCUGCGGUGUUUCCGGCUAGCGUGGUGGCCGGAAUCGAGCCUCUGGUGCCGUUCAAGGACGUGCCGACGUCGGAGAAGAUGAACCUCUUCGUUAGCAAGGUGAGCCUUUGUUGCGUAACGUUUGAUUUUACGGACCCAACUAAGAAUUCGAUAGAGAAAGAUGUUAAGAGGCAGACAUUGCUCGAACUUGUGGACUUUGUAGCAACUGGGUCGAUGAGAUUCAGCGAGCCUGCCAUUUUAGCAACCUGUAGAAUGUGUGCCAUUAAUCUGUUCAGAGUUUUCCCGCCAAAUUACCGGUCGCGUUCCAAUGGUGGGGCGGGUGAGAACGAUGAUGAUGAGCCCAUGUUCGACCCCGCCUGGCCGCAUUUGCAGAUUGUGUAUGAAUUGCUGCUUAAAUUCGUGACUUCUUCGUGUCUGGACGCGAAGAUUGCAAAGAAGUAUGUAGACCAUUUGUUUAUUUUGAGGUUGCUUGAGUUGUUUGAUUCCGAGGAUCCUAGGGAGAGAGAUUGUUUGAAGACCAUUCUGCAUAGGAUUUAUGGCAAGUUCAUGGUUCAUAGGCCAUUUAUUCGCAAGGCUAUCAACAAUAUAUUCUAUCGCUUUUUGUUUGAGACUGAGAGACAUAAUGGGGUUGCUGAGUUGCUGGAGAUAUUUGGGAGUAUUAUUAGCGGGUUUGCGUUGCCCUUGAAAGAGGAGCACAGGGUAUUCUUGUGGAGGGUUUUGAUUCCUCUGCAUAAGCCGAAGAAUCUGGGGUCUUACUUCCAACAGUUGUCCUAUUGCGUCACGCAGUUCAUAGAGAAGGAGCCAAAGUUGGCUAGUGUUGUUAUAAAGGGUUUGUUGAAAUAUUGGCCGAUAACAAGUAGUCAGAAAGAGGUGAUGUUCUUGGGUGAGUUAGAAGAGAUUUUGGAAUCGGUUAACAUGGUAGAAUUUCAGAAGAUCAUGGCCCCCUUGUUCUGCCAGAUAGCAUGCUGCAUUAACAGUUCCCACUUCCAGGUAGCUGAAAGGGCCCUGUUCUUUUGGAACAACGACAACAUUGUCACCUUAAUUGCGCAUAACCGUCAAGUAAUUCUGCCAAUCAUUUUACCAGCCUUGGAGAGGAACUCUCAUAACCACUGGAACCAAGCAGUUCUUAAUUUAUCUUUAAAUGUCCGAAAGAUGUUUGUGGAGAUGGAUGAGCAGCUAUUCCUCUCCAGCCAUGCCCACUUCAUGGAGGAAGAAGCAAAGCAAAGCUUGGCAGCCAAGAAGCGAAAGGAAGCAUGGGAACAGUUAGAGAAUGCAGCUAGUCUCCAGCCAGUAACCGGAAACACUGCUGUUCUGGUAACGCCUAUAGCAACCUCAAUCGCCUGUUAAAAAUUAACUUUCGAAUUGAUGCUAUCGCAGCCGAUGUUUUCCCUUAUUUCCUCCCUUUUUAUGAUGGUGGGGAGUGACAAGAUUACGGGAAAUGUAUGGAAAAUGGCUGUAGUUUCAGGGUUGGGAUUGUAUUUUUGUAAUGGUCCUGUGACAGCCAGUUGUUGUAACCUUGUUUUUUGCUUCCCCAGAAAGGUGUUUCUGGGGGAGGACUUCCCCACAAUUUUCUGUACUACUACUAGCUUAAUUGACUGAUUCCUUUUUAGCCCUCUGUAAUAUUUGAUGUUCAAGAGCAGCUAACAUGUAACGGGUUUGCUCCAACCGUGGCGUUCCGAUCCAUGUAAGUCGUUCUCUUGAUGUUCACCUAUGUUUUUAUGAAAACUAAUUAUAGAUCCAUGUGUUUGUCAA